AGCAGCUGAAGCUGAGGGAAUGGCCGCUGAGUGCCAGCCUCUGGAGGAACGGGUCUGGAUGCCAUAAGCAGGUGGACAGAGGGGCAGAAAAGUGGGGGGGCUCGGGAGGAUGCCCACCGGGGCAAAUGUGCACUCUUCUCCGGCGGUGGCAGCCAACGCUGAGGGAGAGGAGAUCGAGGUGCUGGAGAGCACAGAGGUUCUUCCAGCAGCACCUGAAGAUCAGUGGAAGUCUCUGUUUGAUAAGUAUGAUCCGGAGAGUUCGGGCUUCAUCAGUACGGAGCGUUUCCGGGACCUGCUGGAGGCCCAUGGCUCCGAGCUCGACCCGCACAAGCUGGAGGUUCUGUUGGCGCUGGCGGACGGGAACGCAGACGGAAAAAUCUGCUAUCAGGACUUCGUCAACCUGUGUACGAAACCUCUGUGUUUAUUUGCGCAAAUGUUACUGUUUCCUCAGAUGAGUAACAAGCGCUCCAACAGUUUCCGGCGAGCGAUCCUGCAGGGCAGCCGGCAGCUGAAGAGCUCCAGUCUGAGGGAGGAGGUCGGACUGGGCCUGUCCCAGAGACUUGUCCGACACGUGGCCUACGAGACGCUGCCUAGAGAGGUUGACCGCAAGUGGUACUUCGACAGCUACACCUACUGCCCCCCGCCGUGGCUAAUCCUGGCCAUCACCAUUGCAGAGAUGGUGGUGUUUGUGUAUUAUGGGCUGCAGCUGGACCGCUGGGUGCUGCAAGUUUCCUCUCCGUCCUUCCUGAAGAGCCCUCUGCCGUAUCACCCUCAGCGUAGAGCUCAGGCCUGGCGCUACCUCAGCUACAUCUUCAUGCAUGCUGGGAUUGAACACCUGGGUCUGAACAUGGCCAUGCAGCUGCUGGUGGGAGUGCCGCUUGAGAUGGUUCACGGAGCCGCCCGGAUCGGCCUUAUCUACCUGUGCGGAGUCCUGGCGGGUUCGCUGGCCGUGUCGGUGGCUGACAUGACUGCACCUGUGGUCGGCUCGUCUGGAGGAGUCUACGCCCUGGUCUCCGCCCACCUGGCCAACGUCGUCAUGAACUGGUCGGGGAUGAAAUGUCAGUUUAAGCUCUUUCGGAUGGCCAUGGCUCUGGUCUGCAUGAGUGUGGAGUUUGGUCGGGCCGUGUGGCUGAGGUUUUACCCCCCAGCCUUCCCCCCUUGCCCCAACCCCAGCUUCGUGGCCCACCUGGGUGGGGUGGUGGUGGGACUAACGCUGGGGGUGGUGGUGCUGCAGAACUAUGAGCAGCGGCUGCAGGAGCAGUCUCUCUUCUGGAUCUUCUUCUGCGUCUACGCACUCUUCGUCUUCUGCGGGAUCUUCUGGAACAUCUUCGCCUACAGCCUGCUGGACGUCAAGCUACCUCCAGCACCAUGAAAAAGAACGAGCACGAGGGAUCUACAGGGCGUGCGUGUUGGAUGUGUGCGUGUGCGUGUCGCUACCUGGCCAGUUGUUUUGGUUGGUGGUGGCUUGAGAACCAAAUGCCAAGUACCUCACUCCUCCGAUCUGUGGCAAUGUCUGUGUUAGUGCCUAAAGUGCAUCAUUGUCACGUGCUGAAGAAGAAGAAGAAAAAAACAAGAGAUGUAGCAAAACUGAAUGUGAAAGUGGACAAAUUAACCCACAAAAACAGCAAAAAAAGUGUACUAAUAGAAAAACCUCGCUAACAUGCUAACAUGACUUAACAGAAGAUAGUCACCUCCACUAGUUAGCUUGAUAUCAAAAGACUAUUGAGAUGGAAUUAGUUUUCAUGGGGUGGGGUGGGGUAAUGCAAUCAUCACCAGUGUUUCUCAGUGAUUGUAGUCCCGUUCAAAUCUGCCAUGUCAGUAAUUUUUACAAAUUACAUGCUCCCACAUCAGAUUGUCACAGCUUUUACCUACUUUAAAACAAACUAUAGAAAUAAACCCAGUUUAUGUGUGGCCAGUUUAUAUGCCAUACUUUAAAAUGAACCAUAGAAAUAAUCACAGAUUGCAUUAAUCAUGUGCUCUAAAACAAAUUGUUGAAAUAACCCAGGUUUUAUCAAUCCUGUGCUAUAAAACAAGCUGUAUAAGUCACCUAAGGUUAUAGGAAUACCAUGCUAUAAAAUGGGCUGCAUAAAUAACUGCAGGGUAUAUUAAUCUCAUGCUAUAAAAUGAACUGUAGAACAAAAUCCAGGCUAUAUUAAUCCCGUGCUGUUAAAUGAACCAUAGAAAUAAGCACAGGUUAUAAUAAUUUCAUGCGAUGAAACAAGCCGCAUAAAUGACUGCAGGUUAUAUUAAUCCUGUGCUAUAAAAACUGUAGAAA